AUGGCUUUCUAGGACUCCACGCUGCCGUGCAAGCGGUAGAUUUGUCAAUAUUGGAGGGAAUCCCUCUGCACUUGGCUUUGGGCAGGAACAUGCUGCCUAGCGUGACAGCCGACGAGAGGCCCAUAUUGCAGAGUAUUUUCGAAGACGCCUUCCUCUCGCCAGUCACUUUUCUUGCAGUUGACUUGCAGCAAGCUCUUUCGCACGGGAAAGGAGUCAUCCUUGCCGGCCCGCCUGGUUCCGGGAAAACGAGCGCUGUCAAAGAGGCCGCUGGGAAAAACCAACUCGAAAUUAUCUGCCCGCUGGCGCUCGACCUGCAACGACUUUUCGGCCACUUGGAACGCGGAGAGUGGCGCGACGGGGUGGUCACCAGCGCCAUUAGGACGGGCGCCAAGUGGCUUCUCUUUGACGGGCCGCUCGAUUCGUGGUGGGUGGAGAAUUUGCAAGCGGCACUCGACGAGCCAGCCAAAUUGAACUUGGCCUCUGGGGAGGCGCUGCAUGUCCAGCCGAACGUGAAAAUUAUUUUCGAGACGCAGAAUUUGCACAAGGCCUCGCCUGGGCUGUUGGGCAGAUGCCAGUGCAUCUACUUUGGCGAAAUCUCGUGGAAAAUCUUGGUCGACACUUGGUUUGAGAGCAACAAGGGAGAGUUAUGGGCAAAGCAAGAGGGCCCUCUGGUUAUGGAAUUUCUCAAUUGGUUCAUCCCACCAUGCCUGCAAUUUAUUGAGCAAUUCAAACCCAUAAUAAGCCCGAGCGGCCUUGUAACCACGCUCGUGUCCUUAUUUGCCAUGUACCUGAAAGAGCCGAGCCAAGACGCAGAGGCGGCUAAGCACGUCCGCAUUUGGCUGCAGGCCGCGCUAAUGCUGUCGGGCGCUUGGGCCUUCAGCGGACCCUUGGCCAAGCAGCAAAGAGAAAUGUUCGAUGAGUUUUUUAAAAAUCUGUGGCGCGGAACGAACGCAGAGUUUCCUCUGCCAACGUGCACCGAGGGAAAAGUGGACGUGCCGGUGCCAAGCGACGGGUGUUUGCUCGACCACAGUUUCGUUUUUAGGUUCAAAGGCAGCUGGAAAUAUUGGCCAGACAUUUUGAGGGCGAUGAAAUUGGACGACCAAGCCGAGAUAUUCCAAACUAUCAUUCCUACGAUGGACACAGAGCGGCUGAGCCAUUUAAUGCAGCUGCAUGUGCAGCAUGGGCGACCCUUAAUGCUGCGCGGACCAAAAGAUUCAGGCACGAGUUCAAUGUUAAAAGCCCACUUUGACGAAAAUUUUGAGCACACGAAUCGAUUCCUGAGGGUCGAAUUAGGAAAGAGCAGCCUUUUGCACCAAUUCGCCCUCGAGCGCAUUGACUCGUCUCAAAACCAAGCGAUCUUGGUGCGCCUGACGCACGGCGCCGACGCUCCCAUGGUGCAGAACGAACUGAGCACCACCCUGAGCCGCAGCUCGCAGGGCCUGGGCCCGGCGGCAGGGUGCCAGCGCUGCGUGGUGGUGGUGGAUGACUUAGGCGCGGCCAACAGUCCCGGUCCGCAGGAGCUGCUGCGGCAGGUAGUAGACCACGCAAGUCUGCACGAGUCGGCGAGCAGCGUGCGGCUGAACCACGUGCUGGCGCUUGGGGCGCUGGACGAGACCAAUCAGGUGGCGGCACGCCUCCUGCGCCACUUCAGCGUCCUCAAUGUCGGCCCAAUGACGGAGGAGAGCGCCUCCAGGAUCUUCGGCUCGCUGAUGGGCGCCACGCUGAAACGCAACGGCUUCGCGUCGGACGUGGCGGCGUUCGUUACGGCCGCCGUCCAGUCGACGCUGGACGUGGUGCACGGCUCGCUGCGGCUGCUGCGCCCUUGGAGGCCGCACUACGUGGUCAGCCUAGCCGAGGCACAGAGAAUCGUGCUCGGCUGCUCGCAGAUCCUGAAGGAGGACGCCGACAACAAGCGGGCGCUGGUGCGUUUGUGGUGCCACGAGGUGCAGCGCAGCAUCGGCGACAGGCUGAGCGCGGAGGACGACCGCCGGGAGCUGCACUCGCUGGUGGAGGCCGCCGUCAAGGACAAUUUCAAGGAGCAGCCCACUCUGGUGAUGGAGCAAAAGCUAGGCUACGGACGUCUCCUGACAGGCAGAUAUCUUGAGGCCGAUCGCACUAAGUUCGAGGAACGGGCAAACAAAAGCGUCGAGAGUCUGGGAGACGACACUCAUAACCAGACAACCAGAAUAAUUAAAACGAACACAACAAAAUUUAACAGUCAAAUCAUUUUAAUUGAUAGCGAAGCGGUGGACCAUUUAGCACGAGUGUGUCGUUUGCUUCAAAUGCCACGGGGAAACGCAUUGCUUUUGGGCCCACUAGGAAGAGGACGCCGCACAUUGUGUCAAUUGGCGGCACACAUGGCUGGUCAGGAGACUGUUCAGCCAAAACCAGGUUUUGAAAAUUGGAGGCAGCUGCUGAGGAAAGCAAUGCGGAGGGCCGGGGCAGACGACAAAGACACAGUGCUCCUUGUUGGAGACGAGUUCCUCUCUGACGAGCGCUUUCUGGAAGAUGCGCACUGUAUUCUCAGCCACGGGGAUGUUCCUGGGCUUUUCAGUGCGGAGGAGCGCCAGGAAAUCAUGGAAACUGUCAUGUUGGACGCUCAAGGGGGCCAGCGAACUGUUGACCUCGUACCCUUACAAGUGUUUGAAUUCUUUGCGUCGCGUUGCCGUAAGCGUCUGCACUGGAUGCUGUGCCUCGAUCCGGCCGACAAGCGUUUUAGAACGCGGCUACAGCGUUACCCUGCGCUCCAGACGCAGUGCACGCCGCUGUGGUUCCCGGAGUGGCCCGAGGAGGCCUUGGAGCGCAUCUCGCAGCGUCACCUGCGCGAACAGCGGCCGACGGCCGUGGUGGCCGUGUGCCGACGGCUGCAUCAGGCGGCCAAGCACCAUGUGCAGGUGAACGCGGCCAACUUCGCCGAGCUGCUGCAGCUGCUGGACACGGUGACCGCCGAGCGCAAGGAACGCAUCCAGGGUGACCGCCAGCGCUAUUUGACGGGCCUCGAAAAGCUGCAGCUGGCCGCCGAGCAGGUGCAGCGCAUCCAGGAGGAGCUGAGCGGUCUGCAGCCCCGCCUGGCCGAGGCGGCCGCCGAGACCAGGGAGAUGCUGGCAGUGAUCGAGACCGAGACGCGCAAAGUGAGCGACGCCUCUCUUCUGGUGCGCAGCGAUGAGGCCGUCGCCAAUUCACAGGCUGCCGCCGCGCAGGAGCUCAAAAGCGAGUGCGAGACCGAGCUUGCCCAGGCGAUCCCUAUUCUUGAAGACGCCGUUGCCGCUCUGAACACUCUGAAACCGUCCGAUAUUACCCUGGUGAAGUCUAUGAAAAACCCGCCUGAGCCAAUCAAAAUGGUAAUGGCCGCUGUGUGUGUUAUACGGAACAUAAAACCCGACAGGCUAAAUGACGCCUCUACAGGAAGAAAGAUAUUAGACUACUGGGGACCGAGCAAAAAACUUCUCGGUGACAUUGCCUUUUUGCAGCAGCUCAAGGAUUUCGAUAAAGACAAUAUUCCGGCGUCGGUGAUGGCAAAAAUCCGCAAAGAAUUCAUUCCGCACCCCGACUUUCGACCUGAGACGGUAGCCAACGCGUCAAGCGCCGCAGAGGGGCUUUGCAAGUGGGUGCGGGCGAUGGACAUGUACGACGCGGUGGCCAAAGAGGUGGCACCAAAGAAGGCGAAACUCGAGAUAGCGCAACAAGAAUACGCGGCCACGCUCGCAGUGCUGGAAGAAAAAAGGGCGCAAGUCCGCCGCUUGGAGAAGCAACUUGCCGAGUUGCGGGCGCAAUUCGACGCUGCCAACUCGCAUAAAAGGACUUUGGAGUCUGAGUUUCAAGCGUGCGAACGGAAGCUGGUACGCGCGGAGAAACUGAUCGGCGGGCUGGGCGGCGAGCGCCAGCACUGGGCAGCCACCGCGUCCUCGCUGGAGGACUCGUUGGCGUGCCUGGAGGGCGACGCCCUGCUGGGCAGCGCGACCGCCACCUACCUGGGCCCGCUGAGGGCGAAACGCCGCGCCCGCUGCAUCAGCGAGUGGAUGGCCCUUCUGCACGAGGAGGGCGUCGCCUUCUCGGCCGACCUGGACGUGACCCUGGUACUCAGCUCGGAGCUGGAGACCGAGGCGUGGCACAUCGGCGGUCUGCAGCGCGACGCGGCGUCCACGCAGAGCGCAGUGAUCGCGCGCCACGCGUUGCGUCCCUGCGUCUGCCUGGACCCGCAGCGGCAAGCGAACGCGUGGAUCAAGAGCGCCGAGCCUGAAUUGCGGGUCAGCAAGGACUGGGACGAGCAGCUCUACGCUGCAUGCCUUCGCAACGGGAAGCCCCUUCUGUUCGAGGACAUUGAAGAGCCAGACGCGUUGCUCGAAGCGCUGCGAGCUGUGCCCUUGCGAUCGAGCGAUUCUGAAUUUCGGGUGUACAUCACGACCCGGAGUUCAGUGGGCCGCGAGCUGUUGGCCUGCGUCACCUUAGUGGACUUCACGCUGCCCGCCGAAGGGUUGGAGGAAGAGCUAUUGGGCUUGGUGAUGGCAGCGGAGCACCCUGCUCUGCGACUGGCGCGGCAGCAAGUGGUGCGCGAAGGUGCGGCUAACAAGGCGGCCCUGCAGGCGACCGAGGACCGCAUUCUGAGCACUCUUUCGGCGAGCCAGGGCAACCUGCUGGAGGACGAGGCCGCUGUGGACGUGCUGGACACCUCGAGGGCCAUGUCCCUGGAGCUGGCCCAGAGGCAGUUGGAGGCUCAAAAGACGCUCGGCCAGAUCGCCGAUUUCAAGGCCAAGCACCGCACCCUGGCGAGGGACGCGGCCGCCGCCUACGCCACCCUGAUCUGGCUGCCGACCCUGGGCAGCACGUACCACUUCUCGCACGCGUGGUUCUUGCAGCUUUUCAGCACGUCGGUCAGACUCAGUUGCAAAAUGGGCCUGAGCGACAACUUGACAGAUGCGUUUUUGAAGACGCUCUGCGAGCACGUAUGCGCCGCUUUAUUUCGCAGACACCAUCUGGCAUAUUUAUUGCGUCUCUCUUUGGACCUGCUUAGGGCUAGAAAGGAUAUUACACUGGACGAAGUUACUUUCCUGUAUAAUGGCAAAACGCGAAAGUAUAAAAUUGAAAUGAUGCACUUUCCACGCUUUGCGCAAAUAAUCACUAACUUUGAAGAAAAUUGGGAUGAAUGGAAAAAUUUCAGUGAGCUGAACAAAGACGCGAAUGAAAAAUGGAACGCAAUCCCUCCUUUUGAGCGGCUCAUAAUUAGCACCGUUUUCUUAAGCAAUGCGAUCAUCGAGCAAAGUGCGAAAGAUCUCAUUCAAAACGUUUUGCACUUUGACAGCCAUUUGGAGGCUGGCCGUUUGGAAAUCGCCCUAGAAAAUUCUACUUUUGAAAAUCCGAUAAUUUGUACUUUGGGUUUUGGCGUAGACGUGUCACGCGCCCUUUUCGCGCUCGCCGUCAAGGAAAUGGCGGACAUAAGCGCCAUCAGCAUUGCUCCUGGACGAACGAGCCACGCCGAGGAGGCCAUAGCAAAGGCGAUGGCCUCCGGGACAUGGGUGUGCUUGAACAACUGCCACUUGACUGACGACUGGCUCCGAAAACUCGAGAGAAUGUCUUUUGAAGACGCGGCCCCUACCUUCCGCCUGUGGCUCACCUGCAGUCCUGAGGCGCAGCUUCCAAUCGGUCUGGUUCAAAGUUCAGUGAAAGUAGCUUUGGAGGAGCCGGUAGCUCUGAGUGAAGCCAUGAAAGAGGCUCUCAAGAGGCAGGAGGAUCUAAUGGAAGGGUGCAAUGGUCGAGAGGCGCCUUACUGCCGACUGGUCUACGGCUUGUCCUUCCUUUACGCGCUCCUCCUCGGCCGGUCAUGGACAAAGACCAUCACCCUUGGCGAGAGCGAUUUUCGAUUAGCCUCGCGGCACCUCUGGGAACUUUGUCGAACGACAAGACGCGUUCCUCUGGAGGCAGCAUUGUGCUUGGUCGGCGAGUGUGGCUUUUUGGGCCACGUGACUGACCCUUGGGACUUGAGGCUGGCUGACUUGCUGCUGAAAGAGUGCAUCAAUUCGGUUCUCCUCACCGCCACUGCCAACUUCGAGCUGACCCGGGUCGGAACGGCGCCCCUACUUCCGCCACAAGUUCCGACUUUAGCAGCUUGUCUCCAAAGGGCGUCGUUGAUGCCCCUCAAAGCCACCUCCGAUUGGCUGGGGGUUUUGGACUUCGAUGACCCACAACUGUUCGGGCCGAAAAUUCAGGCAGGGGCAACUUUGGAAGAGGUUUUUCGCUCAGAUUCUUUCAAAGGUCAGCUCGACGCUAUGCUGGAGGCGCUGCCAACGCCAAAGGAGGUUGUUGCCGACGAGAACGAUGCAGUGGCGUUAACCCUGAUUUACGAGCAAACGAGGGCAGCGAGCAGGAUCGAGGCUGCGCGAAAAUGUCUGAAAACGCUGCAGCAGGCGAUGACGGACGGAUUCGUGCCCCCGGCCAUGGUGGAGGACGCAAAUUUGGUGGCCAGAGGCGUUGCUCCUCGCGAGUGGAUGCCUUCUGCAGAGGUCGAGGCAACCCUUGAAGACUUCGCGUUUGUCAAUGCAAAGUUACACACCUUGACCUGGCCUCGAGAUGAUUCGCACCAUUUGUGGAUGCCCGGCAUGGAGCGACCCGAAGCCUUGUUCGCGUCUAUGAUUCAAAUAGAAAGCCGGUCUCGUGGGGUUUCGCUCUCUGAAGUGUCGCUCCAACUGCAGAUCGACCCUGGCAAAAAAUUCAGAGUGGUAACCGUAUGCGGCCUGUGGCUGGACGGCGCCGACUUCGACAUCAAAAGUGGGUUAUUAGUGGAGCAGAAAGGCGGGCCAACAGAGCUGCCUCCAAUAUCUGUAUGCGCAACAUCAACACCAGAAAAUGAAAACAAAUUCGAGUGCCCGAUUUACAGCGAAGAGGCUAAGCGCCACAGCAUUGGCUCAAUUUGGUUAGCAGGCGGAGAUGCAAAGGUCUGGACUAAACGAGGUGUUGUAAUAUUUUUAAAAAGGAGAUCCUAAACGUAUUAUUAGUGGCGUUUUUGUAAUUCAACCAGAAACAUGUAAUAAACAUAUACCAGAUAAUCGAUA